AGGCUGCCGUUUAGGCUUUAUGCGACUUGAGAAUUAGGCCUAGUCGAAAGCUUAAUUUUGUCACAUUCUAUUCGUUUUCAUAUUUGAAGUUAUGAAGAGUUUCACGUUUCAGCGUGAGUGAAAUGUGAACCUGGAUCACAAGACUAUGUCUGAUUGGCUGUGGAAUGGCUAACUCCAUUUUGGAAACAGCUGUUUGAAGACCUAAUCUUCCCUCAUUGUUUCGGGAGGUUGCCAGAGAAACAUUCCCGCUUUAUGAGACUUCAUCGCUGUAAGAUUUACAUUUCGUGUUGCAGAAGGGCCCGGAAGCUGAAUUGGUGUUUGAUCCGAUUGUAUCAAGUGGAUAAUUAAGGCUACCGAAUCAAGGUGUAAUGAGGUGUCUGGUCAUGGACAGAUAAUGGAUGUGGAGACAACAACACCGUACUCUGACUUCAUCAACUGUGAUCGUACAGGCCGCAGGAACGCAGUACCUGACAUACAGGGACAGGCGGCAGCAGCCAGCACCAGUGAAUUAACCAAAGACAUGGAAGGGCUGGACCUGAAGGUGGCGGAAGGAGACUCUGGUGCAUCACCAGCCCCUGAGGGUGAAGGGUUGACUAGCCAAGAGGCCCAGGGAGGCGAGGGCCCAUCCUAAACCACCUCACAGGAGUGGAGAGCGGGACACGGAGAAGAAGGGACAGAAUAAGACAGAGAGAGGAUCUCCUGAAUGUCCUGCCUGACUAGACCCUACCCCUCUCCUAACUCAACAGUGAUGACAUCUCUCACUAUGGAGCUUUGCUGGUCCAACUGCAUGAUCCUUCUCCUUUAUCAAUUGGCAUUGUGGGAAAUGUAGUUGACAGAACAGUUGUUGACAAGUAGGACUACAUCUGUUCUUGGCCUAGAGGUGCUGCUGGGCUACGGUGGUAAAGGAAAUGUUCUCACAUCACUAUGAGAAUGUACCAAACUUUGGAUCUAUGUCUCUCCAGAUGUACUGAACACUAUCCUUAGAAUGAAAUGUUGCUGUUCCAAACCUAACAUGGAACUAUCAUCAAAAACGAGCUACGCAGAAUCUAUAAUCAUGUUUGCCAUUUCUUUUGUGUUUAUUAUUUUACAAUAAUUGUAGUAUCAUAUUUAUUUCAAAUGGUUCUCUGAUACCUUUUUGUAAUAGUCAUUUAUUUUCUGUAAUAAAAUGUUUAUGUAUCUUC